AUGACCUCCGCCGCCUUUAUCACAACCGUAACCCUCCUUAUCUCCUUGCCCAUCCUCCUCUUCUUCCUCCUCGCCCCGCGCCUCCUCCCUCCCCGCCAAAUCGCCAUCUCCCUCCCCGACGAGCUCGACGACCUCUCCAUCUUCCACAAGGCGAUUUCCAUGGACGCCGCCAAUUUCUCACGCACGCGUCCCUUCCCCCGCCUCCCCGUCGCCAAGUUUCGGCUCUCUUCCGCCAUCCGCCGCCCCAAAAUCGCCUUCAUGUUCCUCACCAACUCGCCGCUGCAUUUCGCCCCCCUGUGGGAGCGUUUCUUCUCCAAUGCGACGCCGAAUCACUACAAUGUGUAUGUCCACGCCGAUCCUUCCGUCAGAAUCCCGCCUCUCGACGGCGUUUUCAGAGGUAAAAUCAUCCCCUCGAGGAGGACUCAGAGAUCUUCGCCCACGCUAAUCUCUGCCGCGCGCAGACUUCUCGCCACUGCGAUGCUCGACGAUCCGGCGAACGCUUAUUUUGCCCUAAUUUCGCAGCACUGCAUCCCGCUCCACUCCUUUUCCUAUUUCCAUAAUUUUUUGUUCGAUCUAUCCAAAUUAGCCAGGGGAUUAGAGUUGCCUAGCUACAUCGAGAUUCUCGACAGCGAGCCGACUCUACCCGAUCGGUACAACGCAAGAGGGGAGAACGUUAUGGUCCCCGAAGUACAGUUCAAUGAAUUUCGGGUAGGUUCUCAGUUUUUCGUGCUCACACGAAAACAUGCUUUAAUGGUGAUCAAGGACAGGAAGCUAUGGCGGAAAUUCAAGCUGCCAUGUUUAAAUGUAGAGUCAUGUUAUCCAGAGGAGCAUUAUUUCCCCACAUUGCUAUCUAUGCAAGAUCCGAAGAGUUGCAGUCAUUAUACACUGACAAGAGUGAAUUGGACGGAUAUGGUAGAUGGGCAUCCGCACACUUAUCACCCUCCUGAAGUGUCCCCUGAGCUGAUUUACAGGCUUAGAGAAUCGAAUUCGAGUUACUCAUACAUGUUUGCCAGGAAAUUCUCGCCUGAUUGCUUGAAGCCAUUAAUGGAGAUAGCGGAUUCAGUUAUUUUCAAGGAUUGA